AUGAUGGGCAUCAAGCGAUGUGCCAUCAAAGCCUUAAAUAUUCCAUACUUUCGAGGACCGAGAUUCUUUUCCUUAUCUAGGCGACAUCUUCAAGAUGUCUUCAAUGAUGUCUUCAUCACCAACACUCUACGAACGAACAAGCUGGAGAACGAAUAUGUGAAGUGCACAAUUUUCGACAGCAAAGGCGACAUGGUGUGCCAUGGAAAAAAUAUACAGAAAACAAAGUUUAUGCGAGAUUACGGGCUUCUCUCCAGAGACCUACGAAAAGUUGUUCGGUCUCCCACCCAGUCAAGCAGAUCUCUUGGUGUUAAAACUCAUGUCGAAUUCGUCCCUCUGCUUGUGACUAGAGACGGUAGCAUUUUGUUGAGUCUUCUAAAUAUCAGAGCCCUCAUUCGCCACGACACUCUUGUGGUAUUCGAUGCUCCCACCACGUCAUUCUCAUCCUCAUCAAGCUUUCACGAGUCUCACUCUCAUGGGAACUUUCUACAAGAGGUGGCCAAGAGACUCAAAGCAGACCACCCAGAUGCUCCUAAGCUUCCCUAUGAAUUUAGGGCUCUUGAAGCAAUUUUGAUCAACGUUGCAAACAAUUUAAAUACUGAGUUGAAGGUCCACAAAACUGUGCUCUCUAAUAUACUAGCCAGUUUAGAUAAGGCUAUUGAAAGAACGAGGCUACGAUACUUGCUUAUUCAAUCCAAGAAGCUUGCACAGUUUUAUCAAAAGGCUAAAUUGACCAGCGAUCUUUUAAGUGACUUGUUGAACCUGGAUGAUGAGCUUAACGCCAUGUACCUUACUGAAAUAUAUCAUGGCCGACCUCGCUACUCAUUUAAUCAUCAGGAAGUGGAGCUUCUACUAGAAUCUUAUUUCGCUACGAUAAACGGAAUCGUUCAAACCAGCGAGAAUUUGAUUUCUCAAAUCAAAACCUCUGAAGAAAUCAUUAAAUUCGUUUUGGAUGCCAAUAGAAACGAUUUGAUGUUGCUUAGUUUGCGCUUCUCAAUCGGGCUUCUUUCAAUGGGUGCAGUUCUUUAUGUUGCAGCACUCUAUGGCAUGAACCUUGAGAAUUUCAUAGAAGAGAUCGAUGGUGGAUUUGAAGGGGCCGUCAUAUUUAGUCUGAUUGCGUUGGUCAUCUUGUUCUUCCAUUCGCUCAAACACCUCAAGCAGGUUCAAAAGAUUACAAUGAGUGAGUUGCCAAAGAAAAGCAAACUUCCAAAGAGGAAGUAG